AUGUCGACAUAUGAAAAUCGCAAUUAUGCGAUGGGCUUGAAAGUGCACGGUGUGAAAAUGGCAUCACGUUUGGAGCACGUACCUACCAAAGCUCAGCUCGGGUGUGGAAAUACGACCAUCGGUGCAUAUAUUUUAAUACGGCUAGCCCAGUUGGGGCUCAAAAAGGUACACGGGGUUCCCGGAGACUCCAAUUUGCGAUUUUUGGAUCUCAUUGAGGAUCACCCAGAUUUAGACUGGGUAGGAUGUUGCAAUGAGUUAAAUGCAAGUUAUGCGGCGGAUGGAUACGCUCGUGUUUCAAAAGCUGGCAUUGGAUGUCUUGCCACCACCUUUGGGGUUGGAGAACUUUCGGCAAUCAAUGGGAUCGCGGGGGCAUACGCAGAGCAAAUUCCAAUUCUACACAUUGUCGGCGUUCCACCAACGGCCCUUCAAGCGAAAACUCCAGUGGUGCAUCACUCCAUGGGCGACGGAAAGUUCGACACCUAUGCGAAGAUUUCGGAUUUUGUUACUUGUGCAUCCUCACUUCUCACUUGCCCAGAGAAGGCACCUGAUGAGAUCGACCGACUGUUGAAAGCCGCGCUUACUGAAUGUCGGCCAGUCUACCUGAAUUUACCUAGCAACCUGAUUGAUGAAAAAGUCCCAGCCUUCAACUUGCAAACGGAUCUGAGGCAAAAGAUCGUCGAAGAGUCAGAACUUACACCCGGAUCGAAUUCGGUUCACGAUUUACUUGAUCAGAUCAGUGGAUUAUUCCUCAAAUCUGAAAACCCCAUUGUCUUGCUCGACGGGAAAUGCGACCCCUUCAAAAUCUCAACUGAGGCGAUCAAACUAGCCGAAUCAAUUCAGGUACCUGUCUUUACCACUUACAUGGCCAAGACAGCUAUAGGAUCGAAUCAUUCAAUGUUCGGAGGUUUGUACAAAGGCAGUCUCUCGGAACCCCACAUCCUGGAACAAGUCGAAACCUCAGACAUGGUCAUCUGGAUUGGGCCCGUUGUUUCUGAUUUCAAUACCGCAAGCUUUUCCUUUAAAUUCAAGCCUUCUACGCACGUCGAGUUGCACGCUUCACACACUGUUAUCGGAGACAAGCAGUACUCGUCCAUCGGAGACAAGCAGUACUCGUCCAUCGGAUUCAGAAAUCUUUUGCCUCUGCUCACUCAGCGACUCUCGUCCUUGCCUCGUAAACAAACAAGACCCAUUCGCGAUUACAAGCCACCGAGAGAACUUCCCAACCAAAGUUCAAGCAACAACAUGAUCAGUCAAGCCGAGUUUUGGCCUCUUUGGGCCGAGAAUUUUUUUAAGCCUGGUGAUAUCAUUUUGGGUGAAGCUGGUACCAGUAUGUUUGGCUUACUUGAUGUGAAACUUCCGGACGGCGCCCGGUACUUAUGUCAGAUGCUGUGGGCUAGUAUUGGUUGGUCUACCGGAGCCUGUUUAGGCGCGGCACAAGCAGCGGAGGAAGAGGGCAAACGCACAAUCUUGUUCAUUGGAGAUGGUAGCCUUCAAAUAUCUGUCCAAGAGAUCAGUACCAUGAUAAGGGCUGGGGUGAAGCCUAUUAUUGUAGUACUCAACAAUGAUGGAUAUGUGGUAGAAAGACUCAUCCAUGGGAUGACGCGAAAAUAUAAUGAAAUUCAACCCUGGAAAUGGACGGGAAUAUUAGAUUUAUUCAAUCCUGAAAAGACCACCUCAACGGCUACCUACCUGAUAGAAACCCGAGAAGAAUUUAUACAACUAUUAAGAAAUUCAGAUUUUCAAAAAGCCGACAAAAUCCAACUGGUAGAAGUCAGGCUUGGAAGGGAAGAUGGGCCAGAUGGAUUGAUGAAACAGAUAAAGGCCAUCAAGGAAACAACCUGGGAUUAA